AUGGACUAUUCCGAAUACUCGCCGCAGCGCGUUCUGCACACGGGAUCUUUCACCGGAUUCCACCGCCUGGGACAGCUCGGCAGCAAUUACCUUUCUGCGACCGCAGACCACAAGCAGCCGCUAUGCGGUAACGAGGAGGGUUGGGGCCCAUUGAGUCCCAUCCGAUACGACUUCACACCUUGCUUUAUCGAUGUCUGGAUAGCAUCCGUGGCAGUCUUUGGUGUUGUCUUUGGAUCUUUUGCUAUAGCUUGGAUUCUCCAGCGCAAGAAGCCGACCGACGCUCCAAGGGACUGGCACUUUUGGACUAAGCAAACGCUCCUCGGAUUGAUCAUUGCCGAUGUCGCAGUACAACUUGGUAUCCAAAUAAUCAACUACCCCGGUGUCUGGUUCGGCGACUUUAGAUUCUGGACGACUGUUGCUACAAUCAUCUCUCUUGGCGUCAUCUUUGCCAUCCAAUGGAUCGAGCACGCCCGGCUGCGCAAUGCGAACGGCGUUGUGUUGUUCUACUGGCUCUUCCUCCUGAUCGCUUACACCGUCAAGUUCCGCUCUCUGAUCUCGCAGCAGCUUUAUGACACGAGCCCGGCAUACUUUAUCACUUACACCGUGGGCUUUGGAAUGUCCAUCGUCGAGUUCCUGAUCGAGUGGCUGUGGCCGAGGAAGGUCAGCGCGUACGAGGCUUUGAUUGACGAGGAGGAAUGUCCGAUCGAAUACGCUACCGUGUUUUCCUUGUUGACCUUCUCGUGGAUGACUCCCCUGAUGCGCUACGGUUACAAGCAGUAUCUUACCGAAGAUGACCUAUGGGGGCUUGCCAAGAAGGACCAGACCAAAAAUACUGGCGAGGCAUUCAACCAAGCGUGGGCCUACGAACUGAAGCACCACAAGAACCCGUCUUUGUGGCUCGCCAUGUUCCGUGCUUAUGGUGGUCCCUACGCGAUAGCCGCGCUCUUCAAGAUCGUCAACGACGUCACACAGUAUGUCCAGCCACAGCUGCUCAAGUACCUCAUCGCUUUCGUGGACUCUUGGAAAAAUCCUGCAGAGGAGAACCAGCCUGUGAUCCAGGGUGCUGCUAUUGCUUUGGCUAUGUUCGCGAUUGCCGUCCUGCAGACUUCCAUGAUUCAUCAAUAUUUCCAGCUUGCAUUCGUUACCGGUAUGCGUAUCAAGGGUGGUUUGGCAUCCGCCAUCUACAAAAAGUCCAUGAAGCUGUCCAAUGAGGGGCGGGCUUCCAAGUCAACUGGCGAUAUCGUGAACUACAUGGCGGUUGAUGCACAACGUCUGCAGGACCUGACCCAGUUUGCUCAGCAAGUCUGGUCUGCCCCUUUCCAGAUCAUUAUCUGCAUGGUGUCUCUCUACCAGCUGGUCGGCUGGUCCAUGCUUGCUGGCAUCGGCGUCAUGAUUAUCAUGAUGCCUGCGCAUGGUUUCAUUGCCAGGAUCAUGAGAAACUUGCAAAAGGAACAGAUGAAGAACAAGGACAAGAGAAGCCGUUUGAUCAACGAGAUCAUCAACAACAUGAAGAGCAUCAAGCUCUACGCCUGGGGUGCUGCUUUCAUGAACAAGCUAAACUUUGUCCGCAAUGAUCUCGAACUCAAGAACUUACGCAAGAUUGGAGCGACGCAGGCCUUCGCCAACUUUACCUGGAGCACGGCUCCGUUUUUUGUUUCCUGCUCGACCUUUGCCGUCUUUGUUCUGACACAGGACAAGCCGUUGACAGCAGACAUUGUUUUCCCCGCGCUCAGUAAGCCCCCCAGCACUCGAAUUAUAGAGUUCAAAACUGACAAUCAUUCGUUUAGCCCUCUUCAACCUGCUCACGUUCCCCUGGCUGUACUUCCUAUGGUCAUUACCUCCAUCGUCGAAGCUAGUGUCGCCGUUGGUCGCUUGACUUCCUUCCUGACUGCCGAAGAGAUCCAGCCUGAUGCAAUCACGGUCAAGCCGGCGCCUGAGGAGAUGGGAGAGGAGACCGUCAUCAUCCGAGAUGGGUCCUUCUCCUGGAACCGCCAUGAGGAUAAGGAGGCCCUUAGGGACAUCGAUUUCACUGCCUACAAGGGUGAACUGUCCUGCAUUGUUGGACGUGUUGGCGCUGGCAAGUCUUCUUUCUUGCAGUGCAUUUUGGGCGACCUCUGGAAAGUUAAGGGACUGGUCGAGGUCCAUGGAACCACGGCCUAUGUCGCCCAGGGUUCCUGGAUCCUGAACGCUACGGUCAAGGAGAACAUCAUUUUCGGUUACCGCUUCGAUCCCGAUUUCUACGAAAAGACUGUCAAGGCUUGCGCUCUCGUCGAUGACUUUGCUCAACUCCCUGAUGGUGAUGAGACAGUUGUAGGCGAAAGAGGUAUCUCAUUGAGUGGUGGCCAGAAGGCACGUGUGGCUUUGGCCCGCGCUGUCUAUGCCAGAGCGGACAUCUACCUCUUGGACGACGUCCUUUCGGCUGUCGACUCCCACGUUGGAAGACACAUCAUCGAGAAUGUCCUAGGCCCCAGAGGUCUGCUGAACACCAAGACCCGGAUUCUUGCAACCAACGCCAUCGCCGUGCUCUCGGAGGCCAGUUACAUCACCAUGAUUAGGGACGGUGAGAUCGCCGAGCGUGGAACUUACAAGCAGCUCGUGGCUAUGAAGGGCAUGGUGAAUGAUCUCAUCAAGACUGCUGGCCAAGAAUCAGGCCCGUCCUCCUCCGCCAACUCAAGCGGUUCCAGUAGCGAGACAUCGACCAUCAUCGGAGCCGAGGGCAGCAGUCAAGAAAAGAACGAGAUGGAAGAGGCCCAAGAGCAGCUCCCGGAGAUGGAACCCAUCAAAAUCGGCGCCUCUGUGAGAAAUAAGAAGCGAUCCUCGAGCAUGGCCACUCUGCGUCGCGCUAGUACCGCCAGCUUCAAGGGACCUCGUGGGAAGCUUACCGACGAAGAAAUCGCUGGCAGCAAGUCCAAGCAGACCAAGGAACACAUUGAGCAGGGAAAGGUCAAAUGGAACGUCUACUUCGAGUACGCCAAGAACAGCAACAUUGUUGCUGUCGCAAUCUACUUGAUCGCUCUGUUGGCCUCCCAGACGGCAAAUAUCGGUGCUUCUGCGUGGCUCAAGACAUGGUCCGAACAAAACCAGAAAGUAGGUGGCAACUUGAACGUAGGAUACUACAUCGGCAUCUAUUUUGUCUUCGGCAUUGGUUCUUCGCUCCUGACGGUCCUCCAAACACUUAUCUUGUGGAUCUUCUGCUCCAUUGAGGCAUCAAGGAAGCUGCACGAAAGGAUGGCCAACGCUAUCUUCAGGUCUCCCAUGUCCUUUUUCGACACCACGCCGACUGGCCGCAUCCUCAACCGAUUCUCGAGUGAUAUCUACAGGGUCGAUGAGGUUCUUGCCAGAACUUUCAACAUGCUCUUUGUCAAUGCUGCUCGCUCUUGCUUCACCCUGGUGGUCAUUUCGAUAACGACACCUCCGUUCACCGCACUCAUCAUCCCGAUCACUUUGAUCUACUACUGGAUCCAGCGAUACUACCUUCGCACUUCUCGUGAGCUCAAGAGACUCGACAGUGUUACCAAGAGUCCCGUUUACGCCCACUUCCAGGAGUCUCUUGGAGGUGUCUCGACGAUUCGGGCCUACCGUCAACAGCAAAGAUUUGAGCUUGAGAACGAAUGGCGUGUUGAUGCCAAUCUCAAGGCGUACUUCCCGUCCAUUAGCGCGAACCGUUGGCUGGCUGUCCGCCUCGAAUUCAUCGGUGGUCUUGUCAUUCUCGCGGCCGCUGGAGGUAUUGUUCUCACCGUGGCAACCGGCAGACCGGUGAGCCCUGGCAUGGUCGGUCUCGCUAUGUCCUACGCAUUGUCGAUUACGACAUCGCUCAACUGGAUUGUGCGCCAGACGGUCGAAGUGGAGACAAACAUCGUGUCGGUCGAGCGUGUUCUCGAAUAUGCCCGCCUGCCUAGCGAAGCCCCUGAGAUUAUCAAGGGCAACAGGCCACCCGUCGCCUGGCCAUCCAAGGGCUCCCUCGAGUUCAAGAACUACAGCACGCGAUACCGUGAGGGCCUGGAUAACGUGCUGAAGAACAUCAACCUCGAUAUAAAAUCGCACGAGAAGAUUGGCGUCGUCGGUCGCACGGGAGCGGGCAAGUCUUCGUUGACGUUGGCGCUUUUCCGCAUCAUCGAGCCGACUGCUGGUCACAUCAGCAUUGACCAGAUUAACACGUCCUCUAUUGGACUGCUGGACCUGCGUAGAAGACUAGCCAUCAUCCCACAGGACGCUGCUCUGUUCGAGGGCACGGUCCGGGAUAAUUUGGACCCCGCCAACGUACAUGAUGACACCGAGCUUUGGAGCGUGUUGGAACACGCCCGGUUGAAGGACCACGUAUCGAGCAUGGAAGGCGGCCUAGACGCAAAGAUUAAUGAAGGAGGUUCCAACCUCUCGCAGGGUCAGCGGCAGCUCGUGUCGCUCGCUCGUGCGAUGCUGACACCGUCCAACAUCCUCGUGCUGGACGAGGCGACGGCGGCCGUCGACGUUGAAACAGAUGCCAUGCUGCAGACGACAUUGCGGUCGCCAAUGUUCGCGAACCGCACCAUCAUCACGGUCGCGCAUCGCAUCAAUACCAUCCUCGAUAGCGACCGCGUCGUUGUGCUGGACAAGGGCGAGGUGGUGGAGUUUGACACGCCCCAGGAACUUAUUAAGAAGCAGGGUGUGUUUUACGGCUUGGUCAAGCAGGCAGGUCUUGAUACCUCGGAAUCGUCAUAG